AUGCUAUCCAAGGGUACCGUUCGUUUCUUUCAUUCGGCAAAACCAUUGGCAACCUCAUCUUACAAGUUGAACAAACAUGCCACGGUUGCAAAUGGAUUUUUAUCUGCCAUAGGGAAUACUCCAUUGGUGAAGCUUGAGAAAUUGUCCAAGGAGACCGGUAGAAACAUCUACGGUAAGGCCGAAUGGAUGAAUCCCGGUGGUUCUGUCAAGGACCGUGCUGCCUUGUUUUACAUUGAAAAGGCCGAGGAGAAGGGUCUAAUCAAACCUGGUGGAACAAUCACCGAAGGUUCAGCCGGCAACACCGGUAUUGGGUUGGCACACAUUUGCCGUGCCAAGGGGUACAAAUGUGUCAUUUAUUUGCCAGACUCGCAAUCUGCAUCCAAGAUGGAGACGCUUCGGUUGCUAGGUGCCGAAGUUCAUGCAGUUCCUGUUGUACCAUUUGACCAUCCGGAGAACUUCAACCAACGGGCAAGAAGACAUGCCGAGAGUAUGGAAAACGCAUACUGGACCAACCAAUUUGACAAUUUGGAGAGUAGACAGGCACACAUUGAAACAACUGGACCGGAGAUCUGGGCACAGACUCAGGGUAAAGUCGAUGUCUUUUCAUGUGCCUCAGGUUCUGGCGGAACAUGGGCCGGUGUCACGAGGUUUUUGAAGGACCAGAAUCCACAAAUUAAGUCCUUCAUUUCAGAACCACCUGGAGCUUCCCUUUAUAACUACGUCAAAUCCGGGUUUAAGAGCACCGAAAUCGAAGGCGUCCAGUCGUUCAUUGAAGGUGCCGGCCAAUGCCGUGUCACGGGGAACAUUGCACAUGAUAUCCACCUGGUGGAGGAUGCCUUUUUGAUUCCAGAUCAAGAUUCCGUUAAUAUGCUCUACAGGCUGAUUGACGAAGAAGGUCUCUUUGUUGGAGGAACUUCUGCACUGAAUGUCUGUGGUGCAGUUGAAGCUGCAAAAAGAGUUCCUGAAGGCUCUACGAUUGUUACAAUUCUUGCCGAUUCCGCUCACAAGUACGCACAGAAGCUCUUCUCUAAAUCCUUCUUACAAGAUAGAGGUGUAUACAAUGGCAUUCCAGACCAUCUAAAGAAAUAUGCUAGCUUGGAAUAG